GGGAAGAUUUAUGUGGGAGCGCUCGGGGCAAACUUACGUGCAGUAAAGAUGUACUUAACUACGGGACCGGCAGGGGGCGGUGGACAGGGCGUCGCGAGUGGUCAGCAGAUAGGCGUUGGACAGGCCUAUGGAGGAUCGACCGGAUACACUGGAGGGGGAGGGAGGAUGGGCAUGGGUAAUAUGACAUGCUUUAACUGUGGCAAAGUGGGUCAUAUGGCGCGUGAUUGUUGGUCGAGACAGGGGAGGAAUAUGGCGGGACCACAAGGAGACCCGGAACUAGAGGAGAUCAAGGAGCAGUUUAGGCAGGCGCGCAAGGAGAAAUUGGAGCAGGAAGAAAUGAAGAAGAAGGAGGAAGAGAAGAGAAUCAGGGAGGAGGAGGAGACCAGGAGAAACUUGGACUUUGCGCGGAAAGCAGAGGAGUUCAAGUUGCAAUUGCGAGCAGAGCUGCUUAAGGAGUGGAGGAAGAACCAUGCAGAAGCUAGAAAAGCAACCGAGACGACUGGAAGAUCGACAAGGGAGGCGAAGAAGAAAAAGAAGAAGCACCAAACUGAGCAUGGAGGACAAAAGAGGCGGAGGACGCGGAGGAAUAGGAAAUGGGAAGACACAAGCGAGGAUACUGAUUCGUCAUGCUCGACGGAUGAUGAUACUCUCGAUGAUACGACAUCGGAAUCCGGUUCAGACGGGAAGCGAACACGCAACAAGACUUGCGUGACACAUGAGACAGGAAAGUUGAAGACCAUAGCCAGAACAAAGGGCGGCAAGGGUAAGGGAAAGGCAAAGGAGGUAAUGACACCAGUUAGGAUCUACGAGAAAGGUGAAUGCUCGAAGGCUCGAAGAGAGCCACAGGGAGAUGAAGUUGAGGACACGGGCACGAGAUCUGCCGAUGGACCCGAGCCCAAGACACCUCUGACGGGGGGAUUUAAGGGACUUGCAGCAGGGUGCUCUCAGAAGGGAUUGAUAGAGUACUGUAUAUCCGCACACAAGAUAUACUCUGCGAAGAAGGCCGACGCGCUCAGGAAAAUCUGCGAGCAGAAGGGGAUCAAGUACACCAAGAAACCAGAGAUCGUGGAGAUUCUUGCUAGGCACCAGGUGCAGCUAGCUUACGACGACUUCGACGAGACGCAGGGUAUGACUAAGGACAAUAUGAAGAUGAAGGCUUCAGGGACACCAAGGAAGGAGUUUGUGAAGGAUAGGACUACAACGAAAAAAAUUGCGAAGGAGCAGGAGCCUACUAUAAUACGCUCAGCGUCAGUACAGCCGCAUGAAGACUCAGACUGAAGACUAACAACGCCUUCUAACACAGAGCUUUGGGAUGCGCUCAUCAG